GUCAGUUUUUAAAAUCACUAAUCAGUAUUCAGAAGGCUAAACGUGUUCUUGAAGUUGGCUUGUUUACUGGGUACAGUGCUGUUGCUAUGGCGGAAGCUCUCCCAGCUGACGGAGAAAUUGUGUCCAUUGAAAUAGAGGAGUACCUGAAGACACUGGUUGAGAGUUUGACUAAAGACUCUCCCCACCACAAAAAACAUCGGAUUAUUAUUGGCAAAGGGCUAGAUGUGAUGAAAGAUUUGUCAGCAGCCGGUGAGAAAUUCGAUGUUGUGUUUUUGGAUGCCGACAAGGCGCAGUAUAUUGAUUAUUUCAAGCUGGUCUUUGACGGUGGUUUGCUCAAUCCUGGAGGCACGGUGCUGGUAGAUAAUGCUUUUUUCUUUGGAGCUGGUUACGAUCCUUCUGUGGGAGACAAUCCUACCAAGCAGUUUGCCAGAGCUAUGUCUUCAUAUCCAUCCUUACACAAGGUACUUGUUCCAAUUCGAGAUGGCGUCAUGAUCGUUCGAAGACUAUCAGAUGUCGAAGGUGGCGUGUGA